AUGUCUAACAAAAAGAAAAAUACUGAUGAACCUGGUUAUUCAUCGGCAAAUAUUUUGACAUUCAAUACUACAACAUCUAAUGUUACUGAUCUAGAAAUUGAACAAGAAAACAUGGAUGUAGAAUGGGAUCUUGAAUUAAAUGAUGAUUCAUGGAACAUUAAUGAUGUUGAUUUAAUUGAUGAAACAGAUGCGUAUGAUACUAGUAAUGCUACAGCCAAUACUGAAUUUAGUGAAACAACAGAUUUCUAUGAUGAUGAAAUUAUUAAUGAACAAGAUAUUGUUGAAUUGAUGAAUGAUAGCUGGUCAAAUGUUAUUAAAGAUCUUGUCAAUUUAACACAACCACAAAAAUUAAUUCUACAAGUAUUAAAAAAAUGUCGUGCUAUUGCAAAAAUUUUGAAGAAAUCUUCAUUGAUAUCACGUUUUGUUCGUAAAGAACAAGAUUCAACGAAAUCAAAAAAAAAUAUUAGUAAUGAUUGUCCAUCAAGAUGGAAUUCAACGUUCAAUUUAAUAGAUGCUAUUAUUGACCUGAAACACGUAAUUAUCAAAUUGUUUACUGAUAAGUGGUCAUUGAAUUUACGAAAAGACCAAGUAUCUAAGUUAGCAAAAAUCGAAUUAACAAGUGAAAAUUGGGAUUUAUUAUCAGCAUUACAUUUUGUUUUAAGACCAUUUUUUCUUGCAACUAAAAUGAUGUCUGGAAAAGAAUAUGCUACAAUUGGCUUAUCGUAUUAUGCUAUACAUGAAAUUAAAUGCUUUUGUGCUAAGGAGGAUAAAUGUUCUGAACAAAGUAAAACUUUUAAAAGAUUAUUAGCCGACAAAUUGACCAAGUACUUUUAUUCUAAUUCUGAACAAAUUCAUCAUUUGCAAAGAUUAGCAUAUUUUGAUCCAACAUCACAUUUGUGUUUAAAUGACAAAGAAAAACAACAAAUUGAACACUACAUAAGAAAACUUAUAACAGAUGAUGUUUAUCCAUUAGAAUCAUCAUCAAAUGAUAAUUUGACGAGUUCAUCAACAUUAUCAGCACAAAUUCAAGUGAAACCAUCUAUUUUUGACGAAUUUAUGGCUGCCUGUGGUCAAGAAGAGAUUAUAUUGACAAGUAACAUGAAAGAAAAAAGCAAACGGAUCAGCAUAAAUGAAGAAUUAAAAUACUUCAAACAAGUCGUCCAACAGUUUAAUGCAGCAGUACAACCAUCAACAAAAUCUGCCAAAAACUUUUGGAAAGCACAUAAAGAUCGCCUACCAUUAUUAACACACUUGGCCAAAAUACAUCUAUCAGCUUGCGCCACAAGUGUGCCAAGUGAAAGUGCUUUUUCACAAUCUGCAUUCAUUGGUCGCAAAGAAAGAAAUCGUAUUACUGGCGAACAUCUAGCAUAUUCUGUUUUCUUGAAAGACAAAUUAUAA